AAGCAAACCGCUAACCAUUAGAAACCGAAAUUGUAGUAAGAAAAUAAAGAAUUGUUAACGAAAUAAGCUGCUAGUGAGGCGCUGUGUGAAUACAAGUUUCAUAAUGAUUAUGGUGCAACAUCUGGUCACAGCCAACGCAGCGCACACGCUCGUCAGCCAGGCAGCAUUAUCCUCGGCUGGUUCCUCAUCGCCCAUACCAACAUCACCACCACCAUCCUCACACACAGUAUCCUCCUCAGUGUCGUCGCUGUCAUCGUCAGCAUCGCUAGCGUCGUCGAAUGCAUUGUCUUCACCGACACGUUCACCCUCACCGGUGGCGCUGUCGCAACAGAGUGUUUCCCCAUUGGCAUCGCCCACCAACACCGCCAACACAAACUUAACCGGUAGUACAAGAAGCAGCUCGAAUGAUGAGAAAUUAUUAAACUGCUGCAUUCCACCUGCAUCGAAACAGGACAAGGAGGUCGGUAGUUUUGUACGCAAUGAGCAAACUUGGCGCUCGCCCAGCAACAGCAGCAGCGGGGACCAAAUAUUAAUACGUGCCAUAGAAUCACAUAAGUCCACAACAGCAACAACGCAAAUGAGGGAAGAAAGUCCGCUGCCCGAAUCAACAUCACCUGCCACCAAUGAGAACAACGAUAGCAACGUUUCCACUGCAUCCAGUCCGCAGGCUUCGCCGCCAUUAGUUGGCAACGUCGAAUCUACUACCGAAACCAAUAGGCGGCUAUUUAGUUGUCCCGAGAAAUUUACGGUACUUUACAAUCAUUUGCGCCAACAUAAAUAUUCCAACAACACAAAUGCGGGGGGCACGUCAGCCGCAUACGAGCAUAACCGUCAUAAUAGUUCGCCAGCGGCAAAGGAGCGUGAGACUUUCGGUGAGUUGGGGCAGCAGGUGCGUCGUACGGUAAUCACAAGCAAGUGUCAAAGUGAUGAGGAAGCUUUGGCAACGCGUGCUUGUGAUACGCCGGAAUGUAGAAAAAGCUUAAAAGCAAUAGAUGCGAUGCAGGAGGAAGAUGACGAUGAGAACAUCGUGGCGGAAGAGGAUGGCAUAGCCUCCAUGGAUAAUUAUAGUGAGGAGGAGGAAGAGGAUGAUACUGAUUGUCCAUUGGAUCUUUCGGUGAACGCAACGACGCUACGCAAUCGCGAUCGUACGUACUCGGAAACGGAAUCGGAAGAUUCGGGUUCUGGUGUAACGGAAGGCGAGCAUGCUCAACUUAAAGCCGAACAAAGAUCAGCUUACAAGAAGAAUUUAAUGAAGCGAUACUAUACUGAAAUUCCAGUUAUAAAGCAAUCAACAAGUCCAGGUCCUUUGUUGACACACCAUCAACAUCAUCAUCACCAGCAGCAACAACAGCAACUGCAACAGCAACAGCAACAGGCAACGCAUCAGCAAGCACAGAGCAAUACAUACGCGGGAUCUCCAAGUGUUAUACACAUAAAAGCCGAACAAAACGUUGUACUUUCUCCACCACACCUCCAGCAGACAGCUCAACAGCAACAGCUUGUUAAUGGCCUGUCACAGCAUGGCGGCCCACUCUCAGGGUCAGGUGCAAAUAACCAGCUCCAACCACUAGCCAUACCACACCGGCCAUUGCUACACAAUCUGCUGAGUGGUGGCUCGAUACACAAUUCACAUCAUAGAACGUAUGGAUCAGCUACAACCGGUUCCUUUCCGCCAAGCCCUGCCGAUAGUGGUGUCUCUGAUGUGGACAGUUCUAGCUCUGGUGGUCAGCCGUGCAGUGAUGAGAUAAAAGCGCGGCUUGGCAUACCGGCCCAUUGUCAUCCGCAUGCGUCGCAUAUUCCGUCAGGCACGUUUCUACAUCCCAAUCUCUAUCAAAAUUCAGCGUCCUUACGGAACAUAUGGAAUCGAAGUGUUGGAAUGCCCGAUGGUUAUUACAUGCCACUAGGGAGCAGCACUAGUCCAUCCAAUAAUGCGUCGGUAAGUAGCAGCAGUGGCCCGAAUAGCGGCGCAGUCGGCACUCUGAAUAGUGCAAACUCAGCAGCGUACUCCACGUCACCCUACUUUACAACUCCCUCCCCGCCACGCGCUAAUCCCGGUCUAACGCCACAUCAUUCCCUGCACGCACACCAACAACACCUACACCAUCAUCAGCAUUCCACGCUAGCGAAUAGCCCAGCGAGCGGGGCUGGCGGUGUGCUGCAUCAAUCGAGUGUGAUUCAGCCAACAACGUCCAAUGUCAACUAUGAUCUCUCGUACAUGCUGGAGCUUGGUGGUUUUCCACAGCGCAAAGUGAAAAAACCACGAAAGCCCAAAAUCGAAAUGGGUGUAAAGCGACGCAGCCGCGAAGGCUCCACAACAUAUCUGUGGGAAUUCCUGCUCAAGCUACUGCAGGACCGCGAAUACUGUCCACGCUUUAUUAAAUGGACCAACCGUGAGAAGGGUGUAUUUAAGCUGGUGGACUCAAAGGCGGUGUCGCGACUAUGGGGCAUGCAUAAAAACAAACCGGAUAUGAAUUACGAGACAAUGGGACGUGCAUUACGGUACUAUUACCAGCGCGGCAUACUGGCGAAAGUAGAUGGCCAGCGGCUGGUGUAUCAAUUCGUGGACGUGCCAAAGGAUAUUGUGGAGAUCGAUUGCAAUGGAGUGUAAAAGUAUUGGAUGUGCACGCAUAAACAUAAAAUAUGUAGAAAACAUUUUAAGCGCUGUGCAUUCCAUAAAGAACGCAUCACAUCACUUUCAAAUGGAUUUCAAGGAAUGUACAAACAGUAGAAACCUGCUCGAAAUCGCAGCCAAAUUUCGGAAAUGCAAUUCUGCUUACACACACACACACACACACAAUCUAUAUAAUAUACGCGGCGUACAGCAGUUUUUAAGGAAAGCAAGGAUGCAUACUGUAAAGAAUUUGUAUUUAUUAGAUCUUUUUUUAUGUUAAUAGUAGUUAUGGUGAAUUAUAUUGUAAUUGUGUGUAAGGCUCGCUAAAAAUUAACUGUAUAUUUUAGAUACACAAUGAUGAUGCAAAAAUUAUUAAGAAUUAUUAUAUAUAUUUAUGUUUAAGAACAGAUAUGUUGAUUACAAAAAUGUUGUAAUAUUUUCAAAUUGUUAUUAAUGAUUAGUGAAAUUAAAGAAUGAUAAGGAGAAUGAUGAAAAUGAUCCAAGGAUCAACUUUAAGUAUAAAUCUAUAUAAAUAUUAUAUAUAUAAAUUGUAUGUACAUGUAUGUCUAGCUAAAGCAUAUGAAUACUAUUAAUUUGUUUUUGUUGCUUAUUUUAUAGUAAACUCGUAAUGAUUAUGGACACACACAUAAAUAUACUGUAAUAUUAUUAUGUAAUAUACAUACAUAAGUCAUGAAUGUUGAAAAUUAUUAACACUAGUUUUACUGUCCGUCAAAUACUAUGCCCACAAAUGUUUUCUUGAUUUUUACUGAUUUUUUUGAGUUUGCUAAAUUUUCUACAUAGAGAACAGUAACAAUAACAGCAACAACAACAACCACAAAUACAUAUUACUCUCAAUAUGCACGCUGCUUAGCUGGGAGUUGAGAAUUUCUCUCAAACCAACACAUUUGGUUGCACUGAUUAAGGCGUAACAUGGGUUUCCUCGCG